UCGCCUCGCCACACUAUAGUAGUCUUCUACUCGAUCGCCACGAAUUGCCCGCUCUGCCAUUCUUAGCGACCUUGAUCGAUCGUCCAACACCCUUCCUCAAACCGCGCGCGCGCUCAAGACUUGGACCAGAGUCAUGGAUGGAAAGAGGCAUGCUGCGUCCUUCCAGCAGCUCGAGAAGCUGGGAGAGGGAACAUAUGCCACAGUGUUCAAAGGGCGUAACCGCCAGACAGGCGAGCUAGUGGCCUUGAAGGAGAUUCACCUGGACUCGGAGGAGGGCACUCCCAGCACCGCGAUCCGCGAGAUCUCGCUCAUGAAGGAGCUCAAGCAUGAGAACAUUGUCGCCCUUCACGAUGUCAUCCACACCGAGAACAAGCUGAUGCUCGUCUUUGAGUACAUGGACGGCGACCUGAAGAAGUACAUGGACACCCAGGGCGACAGGGGCGCGCUGAAGCCCCCAGUCAUCAAGUCGUUCAUGUACCAGCUUCUCAAAGGCAUCGACUUCUGCCACAAGAACCGGGUCCUGCACCGGGAUUUGAAGCCGCAGAACCUGCUCAUCAACAGCAAAGGGCAGCUCAAACUGGGCGACUUUGGUCUUGCCAGGGCGUUUGGCAUUCCCGUCAACACCUUCUCCAACGAGGUCGUCACCCUGUGGUACCGGGCGCCCGACGUCCUGCUCGGCAGCCGCACAUACAACACGAGCAUCGACAUCUGGUCAGCAGGCUGCAUCAUGGCCGAGAUGUUUUCCGGUCGGCCCUUGUUCCCCGGCACGACCAACGAGGACCAGAUCAUCCGCAUCUUCCGCAUCAUGGGCACGCCGAGCGAGAGGACGUGGCCGGGCCUGUCGCAAUUCCCCGAGUACAAGGAUUCGUGGCAGACGUACGCGACGCAGCCGCUCUCCAGCAUUCUGCCGCAAAUCGACCCCGUCGGCAUCGACCUCCUCCAGCGCUUGCUCCAGCUCCGACCUGAGCUCCGCCUCUCGGCCGCCGAGGCUCUGGCGCACCCGUGGUUCAACGACCUGGUCAUGGCCCAGACGGGUCCUAAGCAACAUCCGCAGCACCUCCAGGCACAGCCCAUGAUGCACCCGCACGGGGGUUAUCAGCAGACCGUACCGAGCCAGGGAAACUAUGGCGGCUACUAGUGGUGGCAGCAGCAGCAGCAGCAGCAGCAGCAGCCGGUACCUGCGCAGGGCGGUUUCGCGCAACAACCACCUACAGCGGAUGCACCUAGUUGGAUGUGGCCACACCAAGGUUUUGCCACCAACCAUCCUGCCC